CACUAACAGUUGGAAUUAUUUACUAUAUACAUGGACUAUUUAAUUGUUAACCUUCCGUGUUAUUUACCCUGUUCAGGCAGUUGGAAUCUUAUAUUCUGUUGGUUAUCUUAUUUUGACAAAUCAAGUUCUUGUCAGUAUCAUUGAAUUAACAGUUAAAUGAAUUAUAUUUAUAUUAAUCAACAUGAAAAAGGGAACCAAUAUCAUUCAACAUUGAGUCAUGAACAAAAGUUAAAAUUCAAAUAUCCAGUUGAAGAGAAUACUCUUUUCUUAUGAUAUUAUAACAGACACUAAAUUGUGGAAUUUUUUUAUUGAUAUAAGCAAAACCCAACAACAACUGCAGACUGAUAAUAGAGAUACACUUGAUACACUGCUGUUGCUGUAAAACUUAAACAUUGAAGAAUGAAGUGUGGUACAGUGUACAAAUACGUAGAGGAGAAGAUAGGAAGUGUGUUUGAGAGGUACGGCAGAUUUGUUGCUGCACAUGCCUGGAAGGUACUCAUUGUCUCCAUUGUUGUUAAUGCCGGGCUAGGAAUUGGUAUGAUAAAGUUGGAUAUAGAUAAUGAUGCCAGGAAUUACCUCCCUUCAGGAAGUCAAGAGGAAAUAGAUCAGAAAAAGAUUGAGACUCUCUUUCCAUAUUUUGAUUAUGAGAACUUUGAUGCUCUGCGAGUCACAAGCGAAGGUCCAUGGCUACGGAUCAUCGUGAAGAGUAAAGAUGGCAAUUUGUUAACGAGACCUGUGCUGGAAGAAGUGCAAUCAUUUUAUAAUCACCUAUAUAAUAUCAGUGUUGAAGUAGAUUUUGAAAGAUUUUACAGGAGGAUAGGUAGAUUAGACAACCGUACAGAUGACUACAGGGCCAAUGUUACAUUAUCUGAAAUCUGUGCCAAGAUGAACAGGCGAUGUGUUGUGGACGGAGAAAUUUUCAUGGAAGAAGAGUUCCUGGCUGCCGUAGAUAAACAUAAUAUCCCAUACCCAGUAUUCAACUCACCUAUGAAAGGAGAUAUUAAUUAUGCUUCUUUUUUGGGAGGUAAAGUUGAACUUGACGCAAGUGAAAAAUAUGUGAAGAGUGCUGAAUUUCUCCGACUACAGAUAAUGAUCCCAUUAUAUGGUCACUAUCAUUGGCUGGAAGUAUUCAAAGAAGAAAUGGCAGUAUAUUCUAGUCAGUAUAUUGAUAUAGCAUAUGGAUACUACAGUUCAGUGAACGAGGAGUUGGAGAAAAAUUUGACAGGUGAUAUAACACUGUUCGGAGGAACAAUGGCUUUGAUGAUCGUGUAUGCAUUUGCGGCCACGUUUUCUUCAAGAGCGUCUGAUCAGGUUGGACAGAGGAUCUGGCUAGGGUUUGCUGGAAUUCUUGCAGCUGGCAUGGCUAUCACAUCAUCUAUAGGUCUAUGUUCUUUAGCUGGAGUUGGCUUUGUGACCAUAGUGGGCGUGGUUCCGUUUCUUAUCAUAGGUAUUGGUAUUGAUGACAUGUUUUUACUGCUGUCGGGCUUAUCAGCAGCUCAGACUGAAACGACAGUGGCAGAUAAAAUGGCUAAAACAAUGUGUGUAUCUGGUGUAGGUGUCACUAUCACCUCUCUAACAGAUCUUAUUGCAUUCAUGGCGGGUGUUGGGUCAGAGUUUGUGGCGGUCCAAAAUUUCUGCACUUAUACAGCUAUUGCAGUGGUGUUUUGCUAUCUAAACAACAUCACAUUUUUCGCAGCCUGUGUUGCUAUCAACGAACGGCGUGUAGAUGGCAAUCGCCAUUUUAUGACAUGUCAACCAAUAAAAACGAAGGAAGAUUUACUUGAAGAAAGGGAAUCUAACCUUACCGUCACCUGCUGUGGAGGACGUGCACCGAGGAACCGAGAAGAAGCAGAAAGUUUGAUUGACAAACUCCCUCGGUGGCUAAUCCCAAAAAUAGUCCUUAAAUUACCAUGCAAGAUUGUCAUCUUGGUGUUAUAUAUUCCGUACAUUAUCUUUGCAAUAUACGGCUGUAUUCACAUGAAACAAGGAAUGCCUUUCUCCCAGUUAGUAAGUGAUGACUCGUACUUCUUCAAGUACUCUGAAUGGAAUGAGCAACACUUCCCUCGGCAAGCUGUGGUGAUGUUUGUUAUACCAAGUACACAAAAUUAUUCCUUACAGGAAACACAGUCACAGGUGGAUGAAUUGAUUUCUAGAGCACAAGCCAGUCCUUUCUUUGAAGAAAACUAUGAAGUAAAUUGGAUUAAAUCCUUCAGAGAAUCACAACAUUACAGUGUUGGAUCAGAAAUGCGUUUUUAUUUGGGAUUGAAAGGGUUUUUCAGUGAUCCGCAGUACAUGAUGUAUUACCAUGAUGUUGCAGUGGACUUUAACAAAAGCCUUAUCCUAGCAUCUCGUGUAUAUGUACGUUCGAAAAGUUUUAAACAUAACGAAGAGGGGGAACUUAUGUUAGAAGCACGCAAAAUAGCUGAAACUGCUUCAAUUGAUUGUUUUGCCUUUUCAACAGUGUUUACCAUAGCUGAGUUAUAUGUUCGCAUUUUAAGACUGACUGCCCAAUCUGUUGGUAUUGCUCUUGCAUCAGUUUUUGUGAUCACGUGUUUAUUUAUGCCACACCCUGUACUGAUUCUGUUUGUCACUGUGGCUGUUGCUUCAAUAAUGGUAGGUGUUGUAGGCUAUAUGUUGUAUUUGAAUGUGUCGUUAAGUGCAAUCUCAAUGGUGAUGUUGAUUAUGAGUAUUGGCUUUUCUGUUGACUUUACGGCCCACAUUUGCCAUGGUUACAUGAUGUCUGAUGGAGGGACUCGCCCUACUAGGGUGCGGCAAGCAAUUGAUAAAACUGGUGCUCCAAUUUUCCAUGGUGCCGUCUCGUCUAUCUUGGGUGUGUUAGUUCUUGUUGGUGCAAAAUCUUAUAUUUUCCGAUCGUUUGCUGCAGUUAUGGCAUUUGUCCUGCUCUUUGGCAUCAUGCAUGCUCUGUUUUUACUUCCGGUGGUUUUGUCCUGGUUCGGACCGGGAAAAAAUAAUGCAGAAACCGAGGAUAAAGAAUCAGAGAAGUCAGCCACGGCCAAUGAGGAUACAGAAGCAAAUGAUAUUAAAUUAAAAGAUGUAUCCGACAAUGAUAACUCGGCAGGUGGGAAGUUGUUGAAGGUUACCGAGGAUAAAGAAUCAGAGAAGUCAGCCAUGGCCAAUGAGGAUACGGAAGCAAAUGAUAGUAAAUUAAAAGAUGUAUCCGACAAUGAUAACUCGGCAGGUGCGAAAUUGUUGAAGGUUACAAUGAAAUCUUCAUCCGGGACUGAAAUUAAAGGGGAAGAUGUAUGAAUGUCAAGCAUCAGAAUAAUUUUACCUCACGAUGAUGUUUCGUAGUGAAUAGAAAUUAUUUGCUGAAGUAAAUCACAUUAUAUAAGUAUAUACAGUAUGUCUUACCUGAGUAUUGUAAAAAAUUGGAUCAAGAGUCUGUCAUAGAUGAUACAUGCACCAGUAUAUGGAUAGUCUGUUUCACACUCAGAGGGGAUGUAAUAAUUCACAAGUAAUACUUGAUAAAUGUUUUUCUAUUGUAAACCAUUUGUUGUAGUGUUAAAUGGACAAAAAAGGCUUGUCAGUAUUGUGAUGAACUGCCUGAUUGUGGGAAAUAUCAUCUCAUUUAUAUCACAAUUAUUACAUUAUUUUUUAUUAGCUCACCUGUCACAAAGUGACAGGGUGAGCUUUUGUGAUCGCUUUUCGUCCGGCGUCCGUCCGUCGUCUGUCCGUCGUCCGUCCGUAAACUUUUGCUUUAAAUGACAUCUCCUCAUAAUCCACUGAGCCAAUUUCAUCCAAACUUCACAGGAAUGUUCCUUUGGUGGUCACCUUUGAAAAUUGUUCAAAGAAUUUAAUUCCAUGCAGAACUCUGGUUGCCAUGGCAACCGAAAGAAAAAUCUUUAAAUAUCUUCUUUUAAACAACCCUAGAAGCUAGAGCUAAGAUAUUUUGCAUGAGACAUCUUCUAGUGAGUGUCUACCAAGUUUGUUCAAAUAAAAGCCCUGGGGUCAAAAUUGGCCCCGCCCCGGGGGGGCAUUGAUUUUCCCUAUAUGCAUAUAGUAAAAACUUAAAAAAUCUUCUUUUAAAGAACCGUAAGAGCUAGAGCUUAGAUAUUUGGCAUGAAACAUCUUCUGGUGAAUGUCUACCAAGUUUGUUCAAAUAAAAGCCCUGGGGUCAAAAUUGGCCCCGCCCCAGGGGGUCAUUGAUUUUCCCUAUAUGCAUAUAGUAAAAACUUAAAAAAUCUUCUUUUAAAGAACCCAAAGAGCUAGAGCUAAGAUAUUAAGCAUGAAACAUCUUCUAGUGAGUGUCUACCAAGUUUGUUCAAAUUAAAGCCCUGGGGUCAAAAUUGACCCCGCCCCGGGGGGUCAUUGAUUUUCCCUAUAUGCAUAUAGUAAAAACUUAAAAAUCUUCUUUUAAAGAACCAUAAGAGCUAGAGCUUAGAUAUUUGGCAUGAAAUGUCUUCUAGUGAAUGUCUACCAAGUUUGUUCAAAUAAAAGCCCUGGGGUCAAAAUUGACCCCGCCCCAGGGGGUCAUAGAUUUUCCCUAUAUGCAUAUAGUAAAAACUUAAAAAAUCUUCUUUUAAAGAACCCAAAGAGCUAGAGCUAAGAUAUUAAGCAUGAAACAUCUUCUAAUGAGUGUCUACCAAAUUUGUUCAAAUAAAAACCCUGGGGUCAAAAUUGGCCCCGCCCCGGGGGGUCAUUGAUUUUCCCAAUAUUCAUAUAGUAAAAACUUAAAAAAUCUUUUUUUAAAGAACUCAAAGAGCUAGAGCUAAGAUAUUUAGCAUGAAACAUGUUCUAAUGGGUGUCUACCAAGUAUGUUCAAAUAAAAGCCCUGGGGUCAAAACUGGCCCCGCCCGGGGGGGGGUGUCAUUGAUUUUCCUUAUAUAUGUGUAUAGCAAAAACUUAAAAAUCUUCUUUGAAAAAACCCAAAUAGCUAGAGUUUAGAUAUUAAGCAUGAAACAUCUUUAAGUAAAUAUCUACAAAGUUUGUUCAAAUAAAAGCCUGGGGGUCAAAACUUGCCCUGCCCCAGGGGUGUCAUUGUUUUUAACUAUAUGUGUAUAGUAAAAACUUUAAAAAUCUUUUUUUUAAAAACCCAAUGAGCUAGAACUUAGAUGUUUAGCAUGAAACAUCUUAUGGAUGUCUACCAAGUCUGUUCAAAUAAACAAAUAAAAGCCCUUGGGUAAAUAUUGGCCCGUGGGUGGGGGGGCCUAUAUACAGGUGAGCGACUUCAGGGCCAUCAUGGCCCUCUUGUUGACAAUCCUAGUGGAAUUGUUAUUUGUUAAAUGGAUAAUAAUGGAUAUUGUAUUAUAUUAUUUUUAUAGAUUUGUGCAUUUACCUGAAUAUGAACUAGCACUUCCUUUGUCAGGUAUAUUGCAAUACCUUUGUUUGUUAUUGUUAUUGUUAUUUUGAAGCCUUUUAUUCAGUAAAAUGAAAAGAAAACGGGGUUAAUAGCAAACAUACAGUUCUUGAUAGCAAAUCUUGUCCUUGAGUUUCUUAUUCUAAAAAGCUGCAUAGCAGAAAAUAAUCAUGUUCUCUUAAUAAAGGAAGAACUUGAAUUGCAUUGAAAAUAUUGUUUCUCUUAGAAUAUUUUGUUGAAAUUUUAGAUGAGGGCAAUUGGUCAAAGUGGGCUGUUUGUUUCCUUGUGAUUUUCUUUGGAAGUGAAGCAUUCAAGAGUAAAAUUUAAUUUAGAGGAAUUUCAAGUGAUGGCAGCAUAAACAUAUUGUAAAAUUUUGAAAAUAUAAAUUGUUGGAAGCAAAAUUUUGCUUUUUCAAUUGGAAUCUCAUUGUUUUUUGUAUACAAUCUCAGUUUGAAAACUUAAGAAAAUGUGUAUUUCUCUUUUUUAAUGUAUUUUAUCACACACCCGUGCCGAUUUUGCGACUCCGUAAAUAUGGUAUUGCACGGCUGUGCAUAUAUCUUGACGUAAAGUCAUUAGCGUUAUACAAACAUAGUGUAUGUUAGCGUUAAACUAUAUGCGCGUUUAAGACAAAAUGACUCUUUAUUUCACUUAAAACGGUCUUUAUUUUGGGUAUGUGAUAAAUAGAAUAUUAAAUUCGUGUAAGUUGAUUAAUGAAUUUAUUGCACUCGUUGAAUAAAAUAAGAUAAUGCUCGCCAGAGGCUCGCAUAAUAUAAUUUUAUUCAACUCGCGCAAUAAAUUCAGUAUUGAACUUACACUCAUUCAAUAUCCUCUAUGUAUGAUAUAGUAAUAAUAUCAUUUACCUAUAACAGUAUACAGUGCAGCCUGGUUAAUUUGGUUAUCCUUGCAGUCUGACCAGGCUCUAUACUGUUGAUAGCUAAUUGAUAAUAUUUUGAAACUGACAUCCCUUUAACUGCUAAUUGACUGUUCCAAAAUCAAAUUAGGACUAGUUCAUUGUACAAAUUCAGUAGGGUAACUGAUAGGAGUAUGUUUGUACCAAACGUGAUUACCCUUUACCACCAGUAUAUAGCCAGGCAGGUAUGUGCAGUUGUGCAGUAUGACCAGUCUCUAUGCUGUUGACUAACCAGUUUCAAUUUUAAUCGUGAUAUUCCCAAAAUUGUACUUAAAACAGUUCCAAAACUGGAAGCUGAAUAAGUCCAUACAGGAAAUAAGAAGGUUAAGGGUGAACUAGUUUUGUGAUAAAUUUGCAUAUGAUGUUUUCACCUAUUACUGCAUGGUCUUUAACAACAAAGACUUGUUGUUUGGAAGGAGAUGUUGUUUUAUGUACAAAUUAAUAUACAUGUAUACUAGGUUGAAAUAGUGAAGGUAUUUAUUGGAGACUCCUCAGUUAGUCAUUACCUAUUUACAUUUUUGUUGACAGUAUUGUAUAUGAAUUAAGUCAUUAUGCAUAUUUAUGUGUCAGUUGUUAUUUAUGUCAAUGUAUCACAGAGAAAAACAAGGUUUUUUCCAAUAUUAUCACAACAUUUUUAGAAAAAAUGGCAUCAGAUGCAGCAGAAGUUUGUAUUUAUUAGAUUUUUUUAAUCAUCUUAAUCAAGUGCAAUAUAUAAUGUUUUUUAUAUAAAUUAUUAUGUUCUUUUUCAUGUAAAACAUGCUUCAUCUGUUCCUUAGCAUUUAUAUCAUGUUUGUUUUGUAAAGCACGGCUUAGCCAUUCAAUGUAUCAUUUUAUCAUUUAAAAGUCUUGUUACAAAGGCCUGUCUUUGUAACAGUUUCAGAUUUUUGUUUCAACUUCCCAUAUUAAUAUUUAUCAACUUAUGGUGGAGAUAUAGUUUGAUUUUUGUUCCCGGUGAUUUGAAGUAAUGUUACAAUUUUACAAUAUACUUCGAACUUGUGUUAUAUAGUAGUGAAAUAUGUGCAUGAAAUGCUUCUAAGAUAUAAAAGUACUAUGUAUUUAUGUUUCUGUGCCAAAUGUAUGUUAAUGUUUUGAUUAAAAUGCUUCAAUAUUGACACACUAAGUCUUUAACUAUUAGUUAUCAUGUUCAUUAGUGCUGAUUGAAUUUGUGCUUGAUAUUUAUUGCCAUUAAAAGUAUUGCAAUAAUAA